GACACCACGCCUCCUGUCACUGCAGGUGAGUGUUUUCCUUUAACCAGUGCGGAAGGAGUCAUGCUGCACAGCCUCACUCACUGCAAGGAAGCAGAUGCAUCAGUUUCAUUUAUGAGAACAAAAUGAGCCUAAAAAGCUGGUUUGGAUUCCUGGUCAGCCCAGAGAAUUUGACUUCUUCUCCGGUCAUCUGCAUCGGUGUUGUCGGUACUUUUGUCUCGGGAGCCGUUCUUCUUGUCAAAUACAAGAAGACAGAGGCUGAACUCAAGAGCAAGGAUGAGGAGAUUGAGGAGCUCAAGACUGAGCUGGAGAAACUUCAGUGGCUGAGAAAUGACACACUUAAAGGGAUGGACGAGUCACAAAGGAAGUUCACCAAGCUUACCCUUGCUAUCAAGAGGAUGGAGAAAUUGGAGGAAUAUAUAGACUUAGACAGGAUACAAUCACUCUGUUCGAGGAAUGAAUCGCUGGAGAAAGACCUGCAGACCCGGAAUACAGAGCUCGAGGCCAGCCAAUCAGAGUUAAGAGAAAAAGAGGCUGAACUCUUGGAGCUUCGCACUGAGAGAAACAGAAGAUAAAGAGAUGAGAAGGAGCUGCAGACCAAAAAUAGGAAGCUUGAAGCCAAGAACAAAGAGUUGAAUGAGGAAGUAGCUAAAUUACAGCAGAGGCUUGGGAAAGAGAAGCAGAGGAGGCAGGAUGCUGAGAUGACCCUGAAGUCCUGAAUGAAGGAGCUUGAGACUAAAGACUAAGGGUUCAUGUCUUUAAUUUAACUGCAUUCGUCAAGGUCUUCAUUACUUCAUUACAAAUGUAUUCAAAUAACGCAAACUUUACAUUGGAAGUUCAUCAAACUAUCUAAUAUAUGAUUUAAUCAUUUUCUGUUAAAGUGCAUGGAACUAUGUCCGUUUUAAAUUUGUUUAAACAUUU